CAUCUCGAUUGCGGUGGAGGAGCAAGGGAGCGCCUGGGACGCUGAGAGAAGAAAAGAAGUCCGAGCUAGCUCAUGCGAUUCAUAGAUCUUAACCGAAGAGAAGACGCAGCAGAAAGGCACAGCAAAUUACGGCGUGUAGUUUGGAUCUGCUUCAGACUUUUUAUCGCUUCUUUGGAAAUGGAGUUGCAUUGUUGAGAAAAUCUCCAGAAGGCGUUUGUUGUUGCUAGUUGAUGAGAGAAGUGAGAGCCGUUAAGGCUCCGUUUCCUGUUUCCCAGCAGCAGCGCUGCAGCUGGACUGAAGAAGCCCCGCAGGGCUCACUGAGCACCGGUCCUCCUUCCCCGCUUCUAACUGCUGCCGGUCCGCUGCCAGUCCGCUGCCCCAUCCCGCUGUCGCGAAACUCGGUGGAAAAGAAAUGUGCGACCUGAUGCCAGCCUCCCAGCCCCCGGAGAAAAUAGGCAAAAUGAAAAAGUUGAGGAGAACUUUGUCCGAGAGUUUCAGGAGUAUUGCUUUCAAGAAAGAGGACAGCGGCUUUGAUGAGAUAUGUGUCACAAAGAUGUCCACACGCAGCUGCCAGGGAACAGACUCGGUCAUCAAGCCCCUGGACACCAUCCCUGAGGACAAGAAGGUGAGAGUGCAGCGCACGCAGAGCGGCUUCGACCCGUUCGAGAAGCCCGCCAGCCAGGUGAAGAGGGUCCACUCUGAGAACAAUGCCUGCAUCAGCGCCAAGAGCUCGUCCGCCGGCAAGGAGUCGCCCAAACUGCGCCGACACUCCAGCCCUAGUUCUCCUACAAGCCCCAAGUUUGGAAAAGCAGAUUCCUAUGAAAAGCUGGAGAAACUGGGCGAAGGUUCAUACGCCACAGUUUACAAAGGAAAGAGCAAGGUGAAUGGGAAGCUGGUGGCUCUGAAGGUGAUCCGUCUGCAAGAGGAGGAAGGGACGCCGUUCACCGCCAUACGAGAAGCAUCUCUUCUGAAAGGCCUGAAGCAUUCCAACAUCGUGCUCCUCCAUGACAUCAUCCACACCAAGGAAACCCUGACUCUGGUCUUCGAGUAUAUGCACACAGACCUGUGUCAGUACAUGGACAAACACCCUGGGGGUCUCCAUCCAGACAAUGUGAAGCUGUUCCUGUUCCAGUUACUGAGAGGCCUGUCCUACAUCCACCAGAGGUACAUCCUUCACCGUGACCUGAAACCACAAAACCUGCUCAUCGGCGACACUGGAGAGCUCAAACUUGCUGACUUCGGCCUGGCCAGGGCCAAGUCCAUCCCCAGCCAUACCUACUCCAACGAGGUGGUGACCCUGUGGUACCGGCCUCCAGAUGUCCUGCUGGGAUCCACAGACUAUUCCACCUGCCUGGACAUGUGGGGAGUGGGCUGCAUUUUCAUCGAGAUGAUCCAAGGAGUGGCUGCCUUUCCCGGGAUGAAGGACAUCCAGGACCAGCUGGAGAGGAUAUUCCUGAUCCUCGGCACCCCAUCUGAGGACACCUGGCCUGGUGUUAACUCUUUGCCGCACUUCAAACCAGACCGCUUCACAGUGUACAGCGCUAAGAAGCUGAGACAAGCGUGGAAUAAGUUGGGCUACGUGGACCAUGCCGAGGAGUUGGCUUCCAGGUUCAUCCAGUGCUUCCCAAAGAACCGGCUGUCGGCCCAGGCAGCGCUGAACCACGAAUACUUCAGCAACCUUCCUCCACGGCUCUGUGAGCUGCAGGACAUGUCUUCUAUCUUCACCGUACCAAAUGUCAAGCUGCAGACGGAGAGCGGGGACAGCAUACAGGUGUGCGCGCGGAGGAACAGUCACGGGAAGGCAUCCUCUGGCAACAAACACUGACCUGAGGCAGCAUCCUGCACACGAUCACUUGACAGGUGGCCGUUGUAAAAAAAAAAAAAGACGAUGAAGACAAAGAUGGUGAGAUGGAGGAUCCAGACGAAUGGAAGAGCCCCAGUUCUCUUUAUUUAUUACCUUCACAAUGUGUGUGUGGUGUGUGCGUGUGCGUGCGCGUGAGUAAGAGAGUUAGCCUCGAGUAUAGAUAGGAAAGCAUGUGUGUGCAUUUGUGAACGGUACCUAAGAUUUCAGGCUAUCAUUUGCAAAUCAAAUUUUGUUUACUUUUUAUAAGGUUCCAAUAACUCGUAUAUAUCAUUGUCACAGUAUAAACAAAAGGACGAUACUAUUGUUUUGUGUUUUGUGUUUGUAACUAGCCUCCUAUUUAAGAAUGUAUAUUUGUAUGUAUGAUAUACUCAUCUAGAAACUAUAUAAUGGACAAUUUUAAUAUUGCUUCAUCGUAUCACGGCUACACUGCUCACGCCAAGACACAUAACUCAACACACGCAUAUACAGGAGACAUGCAAAAAAAAACAUCUUUGAAACAAAAGCAAAGAAGAAAAUGAAUCCUAAAGAGUUAGUUUUCCAUGUCUUUCUCAUUUGUGAUUUUGCAGACAAUAAUAAAUAUUAAUAACAAUAAUAAUAAUAAUGGAGGGCUAUCAGGUGGUGUAACACGUCCUCUGGCAGCCAUAUUGGAGGUCCUCGGUUCUUCGGUAGCUGAGGACAGCUGAUGAUCUUUUAAAUGUACAAUUGUGCUGACUCAGCAGUCUUUAAGACAUGGUUAAUAUGCUAGUUUAAAGGUGAACUUACUGUUUAAGGACUGUUUUUUGUGCUAACAUAUGAUAGCUUGUUAGCUGACUGAUUGCAGUAUUUCUCAGAUAACUGUCACCAUUUUGGUAUCAACACAUAAUUCAAACACUAAAGCCUAUACAGUAGGAGGCAGUAGUAAAUAGAUGUCAGUAGCUGUAAAUGAACAAACUAAUCUUUGUCAGAUAUUUCUCUUUCUCUCCUUGUUUGCCAGCGUUAAAGUUGCAUAUUAGGAAAUGCAUUUUUUCACAGCCUUAUUUUUGUAGCUUUGACCAUCAUUUCCCGUCAGUUACGGGAAUAUGUUUUACUCUCAAACAACAUUGAUUUAGGGACUGCGUAAAGACUGCGUAUCAAGAACUAUGUACAGUAAGUGCACAACGGGUUGUUGAGAUUCGGGAGUGACACCCUUCUUUGCAUAUGUUCGCACAAACGUUUACAUGCAUCUCUGCGGAAACUUAAUUCCAGCUCUAGCCUCACCGCCAUUUCCCCCAGUGGCCAACCUAGGUACUGCAACAGAACCUAUCCCCUGUGCUCUAGUCUCACAUUGCCAGAACUAUCUCCACAGCGCUGUAAAGGAAGGUCCGGCUACAUCACACACACAUUCUGGGAUAGGAGUAAAAAAUAGCGCAAAUAAAUAGCAAAUAGAGCAAAUAUCCUGCGCGUGAGCCAGGCGCCAGAUCUCAGGCUUUGUCCUGGAAAUGUACUUCUGUUGAUCCAGCCUACCUGUGGUCUAAAAGGCAUUUUCCCCGCUGAACACGAUAAUAAAUCUGUAAAACAGUUGAUAAGGUCAAUAAUUAUUCUUUGUAUUAUGCGAUUUUCAACUAUGAGGCUACAAAAGCUAUUUUUAUGCAUGACAUCAUCUUAGUGUGAAGUCUCUGAGACUGGCCACUGGGCUCGAGCAAGCACACCGGGCUACACAAUAUGCAUAAACAUAUUUGCAAUACAAUGUAAUGAAUGAUGAUAGUGGACUUUUCAAUAUUUGCAAUGUCACAUGUGAGUAAAAUGUUAUCAAAAUCCAAAAGAAUGAUGGCCAAAUCUGCAAAAGUAAGACCCUGGUUAUAUAAAAAUGCUAGUCUUAGGAUUCCCUUAUGUAUUUUCCAAUGGACCUCCAUAAUGUAAUCAGACCUGGCUCAUAUGGGUUUUGUGUUGCAACUGAAAAGCCUCUCUAACAUAAAUUAUCUCUGCUGGAGAUGUUAAAGGUGCACACAUAAGACGACAGGGACAGCACCAACCUGUGUGCAAUACUGUAAUUGACAACAGGUGUGUGUGUGUGUGUGUGUGUGUGUGUGUGUGUGUGUGUGUGUGUGUGUGUGUGUGUUAAGUUAAAUAAACAUGGGCAAUAGAUAAGCAUUGGGGCUUCCAUCCAUGCACAUGAGCUAAUGUACAAAAGGAGAAACACCAAGGCAAUAGGCUGUGUGGCCUAUUGUUGGAUCCAGCCCACGACAAUCGUCCCUUACACUUUAUCUGAUACCAACAAAAGGUCUGCAGUAUUUUAUUAGAAACAGUCUAUGUCAAUAACUUGAGUGUGUAGGGAUGAGUGCUUUUCAGGGUGUGGUAGUGUGUGUGCAGUAUGUGUACUGUAGGUGGCGAUUAACUUUGAUCAGUCCCUUCCAACCCGUUCUCUCUCCCAACUCGUCCAAUACGAAUGCUUGGUCAGUGUCUCUCAGCGUCAGAUACCGACGCUAAAAUCUCCCUUUAGCGUCUGUAUGGAACGCACCGGGCGGAGCAGCAGCUCGACCGCGGCGCUGUAAGAUGGCGUGGUAUUAAGAGAGACAACGGUAGAGAGUAGUAUGAAAGACCGAGAAUCCUCGUGAGGAGGCAGGUUGGGGUGUGGAUUGGUCAAACAACACCGGACUUUCACCCAACAACAUUUUGUAACCCCAUCCACCAUCUUUUCCUAAACCUAACUGUCCCGUUCUUGUGAUGCAUUACGCAAACCUACGUUCCGACCGAGAGCGUCAUAAAGUGAUGCCAAGAGUCCCGACCAAGUGCGUCAAACAGCAAACGCCAAAGACACCUGGCCAAGAGUCGCCUUCUGACGCGGUGGGAGUUAGAAUGCGUUGGUCCCUUCACCACCAACAUGAGCUCUUAUGCAGAGACUUCCCCUAAAUGUAUGCCCCUCAACAUCCUACACGUUCUAAAUGUUUUGCAACUUUUUAUGACAAUAUGACGAAGGUCAGAUAUAUAGCGUAGUAUCAUCAGCAAAGAUGUUUAUACUGUUUUAUGGCUUUCUUUGGAUGUUUUGUGUGAAAAUAUCUGACUAUUACAGCUUAGAUGUAUGGUGAUAAUAGUUGUGAAGUACUAUCAAUACAAUGGCUUACUCCUUAUCAAUCAGUUUGAAUUUGACUGGAACAAUAAUAUUGGCCCUGCACUGUUGAUUAGCCCCAGAGAUGAGGCUGCAGAUGUGACGUCAUGGAGAUUUGGGAACUGUGGAUACUUAUCAUGUCGCUCCAUGGCUUAUCACACACACUUACUCACAUUUAUAAUAUAGAUGUCUUGCCUGCUAGGAUAACAUUCCCGCACCCAUCCAGUCCUAUCAGCUACAGUAUGGUAAAAGCCUGCAGCCCCUAAAUGCCCCUCCAGCUGGUAUUUGCUUUGCAGUCUGUCACAUUCAAUAAUAGAUUUGGAUUUAUUUAUUUUUUUACUAUCUCAAUACAACCCUAACCGAAUCUCUUCGGCAAACGCCUAAUAUUUGCAUCACAGGCGAUUUUCUGGAAAUUCUGUUAAAAUUUUUACUACAUUUGGAUGGAAAGGCUUGGGACUGCUAAAUAUUAGUUUUUCCACAGAACAAGGACUGUGGAUUUCCCCCAUAUCAUUUACAGUGUAGCCACUUGAGUUGAGACUUGAACAUUUCUGAACCUAUCCUUUAAAUGAGGAAAAUCAAUAAAGAGAAAGAUUGGAGUCUUAUAGUGCUUUGGUAUUUUACCAAGACUGUGUUCCAGUCUAGCUUCUUCGACCAUAGAGGGUAGUGGCUCUGAGGCAAAAUAAAUGAUUAUGGGCUAGACUCUCCCAAAUAGUGUUUUGAAAAUGCACUUUAAAGAAAAAUCAGUUUGCCCUACAUUCCAGCCUGUAUGGUCCCUUUUAAGCACUUGCUUUGCCCCUAAUGAUAAAUAUAUAUGAACUAGCCAUUCUUACAAAUGUAAAUAUCAUCCCCCGUUUUGAACCUUAACCACAGAUUGAGGAGAGCUCAUAGAAAUGCUGUACUUGAAGUUAUCUUGCAGCUUUUCAGUGUCAUCCCCAGGCUGUGAUUGUGCAGCAGAGAAAAGGGGAGGAAAGGGGGUGGGUAAUUCCAGUAAAGUGCUGUGACAGAAGAGGGUUAAUACCACGGAGCUGUGCUACGAUUGCCCAGCCGCAUGUGGCUUUAAGGGAUUGCAGGCAGUAUUAGCAGCUGAAUAAUUAUUUCUGGCAUGUUUCUCCUCGUGGCACACAUCGCUUUGUUUGCCCAUCGACACUUUUUUUUUUUUUUUUUUUUUUCAUGGAGUUCGGCAGCCUGCAGUCUUGUACAAAAACUUAUAUUUUUGAGUCCUGGGUGGACAGAGUUCCUGAAGGCACUCUCUGUUCAAACUUGAAUGUUCUUCGUAUAUUUCAAAUAAAGUCCAGUGAAGGACAGACUCGGUGGAAUUGCACAUUUAGCACUGUGACAGGAAAAAUGAGAAAUAAUAUCAGUAGAAGA